UUCCAUUGCCAAUGGCAUGACCUAGAAUUAAACAAAGUCUAUAAAAAGCAUGACAAUCAGGAACAGAAUUGAGAUCGUCUUCGCCCCUCUUCCGGAAGAAGAACGAGACGUCGACCGAUCUGGUGCUAAGGAAUUCGCCCACCGAACAGCGAAUCAAUUUCGAAACUCUGUAACGACUUCUAUCAAAGAUGGAGCCUGCGUUGGGGAAAUUUGCCACUUGGUCGACUGGGAUAAAGAGAGAUUUAUGGAAUCAGUCUCUCUGCGAUCGAUGAACAAUGAAAUUGACGAAGAUAUGACCGGAGGGAAAACUUCCAUCAUUGUUUUCCUAAUUUCCUGUGGUCCCGAUGGAUCUGUCCAUCGCAACGUCCGAAAGACUACGAAAUGGUUCAAAGAGCAACAGCAGACUCUUCAAUUAAAAGAAAAAUCAAGCUCUAAAGCCGAAGCCGUAGAAUCGGAUGGUAUUAUCACGGUCUCAAUUUUUGCAUUGCUCGGGCACUCAGUAUGCAAAACUUCGGCCGAACAAAUGGCAGAUGAAGUUUUCAGUCCGGGUCGACGAUUAGCAAAAGCUAUACAGAAUUGCAUGACAGCAUCUCAGUCUAUACCAACAGGAGACACACGACUACAAAAUUUCGUCCUAGAAACACAAAUUGAAUUGGAACCACCCGAAGAAAAGUUCGAUGCCUGGAUAAAAUUAUGGGCUGACUCACUGAAGAUUUAGAUAUUGUGGAAGUAUUUCUUCUGAAAAAUAAACUCGAGUCAGUAACGUCCAGUGGAAUCAACCAUUAUUUUAUUGGCGAGCGGAAUUCAUACUACAAAUAGAAAUAAUUGGAAAAU